UAGAAACUAAGCGGUUGAGGCACAUUUUCCUCCUGCGAAAGAAGCAUGUGUAUCAGUGUGCGCACAAAUCUGUAGAGAUGGUGGAGCUCUCAGUUAAAACACCGAAGCCGGUUCGGCCCGCUGGUAUCCUGCAACAGAACCGCGUAUUUCUCGACUUUUUUUGGGACUUGGCUAAACCCGAUCAGGAGGUUCGGUUGAAAGCGGUAGAAAAUCUGAUCCAGUAUCUAAAAACGAACAACAAGGCAGAUGAACUGGAAUAUACCUUCAAGCGCUUGGUAGAUGGACUUGGUCAUACGCGACAGACCGCCAGGCCUGCCUUCAGUCUCGCUCUAGGACAGGUCCUAAGUUCCUUUAAAGAGGUUUCUCUGCAAAGCAUAUUGGACAGGAUCAAAGAAAAACAUAAUCUCCAGACCAUGAAGAAAAACCUUGUCAAAAAUGUUACGUCCGGGUGCCUGUUUGGCGUACUGGCCCUUCAUCAGUCCAGCCGUCUCUCUGAAGAGCCACAGGUGGUGCUGGGAUGUGUUCAGCUCCUCCAGAGCCUCAGCCAGUACAAACAACACCUGAAGGACCUGCCCACUAAGACCAUGACAGACAUUCUCAACGAGAUCUCGGAGGACGUGUUUGAGAAGGUCCUGUUGGCUGCUCUACAGACUGACCUGGCUGCAGCCUUUAACACUCCGGAGCAGCUGCAGCUGUUGUUGGUUGCACUUCAGCGCUUUCCACAAGCACUCAAACCCAAGAAACUCAAGAAGCUGCUUGGUUCCUCCACCAUCAUCAACGCUGAAAACAUCCCAAAGUUGACAGAGCUGUUGAAGAAGGUUGCCGACUCAAUCAAGAAAGACUGUGUCCUCCCAGCAAUGGCCCUGGACCUGCUGAAGCUCUCUCUGAAAGAAGGCAGCUUCCAGCUCUUCUGGAAUGAAGCCAUCAUCAAAGGCUUGUUAAAGGAGAAGCCAGGACCAGCACAUUACCUGAGCUUCCGUCUACUUGGCAGUGCCCUGACUAUUCUGUCUGUAGACCAGCUGAAGGAGGUGCUGUCUGGAGAGGUGAUGAUGCAGUAUGGCGACCAUGUUGUGUUUGCUCAGAAACCAGGCCGCUUGAAGCUUGCUCCAGAGAUAGACGUCUACGUGUCAAACUUCUUGCAGGGCUGUGAGGAUUCAGACAAGCAGCUGGCAGUGAUGGUGGGCUUCUCCUCGCUGACCAACCAGGGCUACCCGGUGGUGCCGUCGGUGUGGAGGGUUGUGCAGCACCUCCAGCCUGCAGCCCUGCAGGGUUAUGUGGAAUGGUUAAAGAAAAUGUUCCUGCAACCUCAGCAAGACAAGCUGCUUGACUUCAGCACUCGCAAGCAAAAAGAGAAUCAGGAAGGACAAGAACUAAAGGAGAACCCCAUAUUCCGACUAAGGAAAUGGAUUGUUUCCCGCCUUGCUUCAAUCAUCGACAACUACCAGGUGAAAAAAACAGAGGACCUCAUCAUGGAUGUGGCCAGGUUUGUGUUUUUCCAUGCGUUCUUCACAACCAAGAAGGCCUCGUCCGAUGUUGCAGAGACGAAGGGGAAGCUUUCUGUCCCACUGGAUGAUAAAACUAGAACAAUUCUUGCCAAUUCUUUCUUUGGACUCCUCCUGUCCAUGCACCACAUUCCACUCAAUGAGGAGGCUGCCAACCAAAAGCGGGUAGUGGGCGUAGCAGCUGACGGCACCAUGUGGAUCCACCACCUGGUACAGUAUGCUCAGGUCUUACUCACACAGCCAAAGUAUGUCCAGAGCAGCCGACCCUUCACCCCUGAGCAGAGACAGGCCUGGGACAGCAUGCUGGAGUCAGUGGCAAACCUGAACAAGAAAGCAAAGAAAGUCCAAACAGCAGAGAGCAGAGCUUUCCAGCGGCUCUUCUUGUUGGUUGGCAUGCACCUCUUCAAGGCACCUGAGGAGCUCCUGGACACCUUGAAGGACCUACAGAGCUGUGUGGACAAAGCCCAGGAGAAGGCAGCCAAGAAGAAGAAAAAGAAACAAGAUACCAGUCAGGAGGAGGAGCCUGAAUGGGCAGAGGUGAUGGUGGACAUUUUGUUAUCCUUGCUUUCCCAGCCGAGCCGACACAUGAGACAAGUCUGCAAAACUGUCUUCUCCUCCAUCUGCCCUCAUGUUACUGCAACUGCCCUCACCGCCAUCUUAGAUGUGCUGAACCCGAAGAGCAAUGACGAGGAGGACGGCCCUGUCGUUAUCACUGAAGACAACAAAACUGAGAAGAAGAAAUCAAAGGAGGAAGAUGAUGACGAUGAUGAGAUGAAGGAUGACUCCUCGGAUGAGGAUGCGGAUGAGGAUGAGGAUGAGGAUGACGAAGCCAUGGAGGAGGAUAAGGGAGGAGAUGAUGAAGAGGAGGAGGAGGCAAUGGAAGAAGGGGUGGACCAGAAUUUCCGUGUGGAAGUGAUGAAGGUGUUGCAGCAGCAGAAUGCUCUGGCCACAGAGGAGGAUGGCAGCAGUGAUGAAGAUCUGGAUGAUGAUGCGAUGCUGGAGCUGGAUAAAAGCCUGUCAGUGCUGUUCACAGAGCAAAAGAAAAGGACUCUGGCCAAGAAGGAUGAGAAAACAAAAGUAAAGAAAGAGAAGACCCUCGUCCGUGACUUUAAGAUCAAGGUGCUGGACCUCAUUGAGGUGUUCGUGGCCCGGCAGGCAGGCAGUCCUCUCAUGCUGAGCCUGGUGGAGCCUCUGCUCAACAUCAUCAACAAAGGAAUGAGCUCCGACAGCGACCAGCAGGAGCAGGAGUUCCUCCAGCGAGCUGCUGACAUCUUCAGGAACCAGCUGUGUAGAUCCAAAGUUUACUGCAGGACAGCAGGUGACAGACAGGGGGAGCUCCACGACCUGCUGGAUAAACUCGUGACCAAAGCCCAGAAACUGUCUGACUCCUCAGUCAGCCUCUAUUACUUCAGUGCAUCUCUGUAUGUGGUGAAGGUGCUGAGAGGAGCUCCUCCUGCUGAGACCAAAAUGGAGCAGACAGCAGAGAACACAGGAGUGAGCGAGUUGAAGUUCAUGGGAAAUGUGGAUGUGGAUCGUGUCUCAAACACCUUCAGAGAGGCUCUGACCGCCUUCAUGACUAAGAGGAAAAGCCCUCUGACCAGUCAAAUGUUCAUAGACCUAUUCACCAGAUUCCCCGUUUUGGCUGUGAAUCUUUUGGAUACUGCAGUCCAGCACAUCACAUCUGGGGUCAGAGAACAUCAGCAGGGCCAAGCAUGUGUAUUGGUGUUGCGGGCGAUGCAGAGCAGGGAGGUUCAGCAGCUCAUGAGUGGAGCCCAGUGGAUGGAGCUCUGUGUGAAGACCACAGGUCAACUGGCAGCGAGUUUUGGGCAGCUUCGUCCAACUGAAAGCAAGGCAGUUAAGGAGAAGGUGGUGCAGAGCCUAGAGCUCUGUCAGUAUGUGGUCAAGCUCAUACACAAGCAGAAACUGUCUGUGGACCUAGAACCUCUUCAGACGGUCCUGCAAUCCCUGACCACCACCAUUGCUGACAAGAAGACUGGCAAGCUGCAGGACAUCUACUGGGCUGUGAUGAAACACUUUGGAAUCACGAAACCAAAAGCUGAGAAGAAAAAGCCUGACAAAGAGUCUGAGCAAGUAGCAGUUCCUAAGAACAAGAAAGGCUUCCUACCAGAAACGAAAAAACGAAAAAAGCGCAACAAGCCUGUUCUGGAGCCAGCAGCAGACAACUCGACCGCCACGCACGCACCAGAAGCAGACAAAGCACCGGCCAAGAAGAAACAUGACAAGAAAGCUAAACGGAAACGACCGGCGGACAGCGCGGGCGCCCCUCAGCCCGACCCAGCGAAGAAGAGCAAAACGCAACCUGAAAGCAACAAAUCAAAGAAAAAGAAGAAGCCCAAACAAAAGAAGGGUGGAGGCCAAGUGUAAAUGGUCACUGACAUCUAAAUGGACACCUAGAAGAUUUUGUUAAUUUCCUUUUAAAGACACUUUUGUUUGUUUUCAAUAUAUUGACAGUUUUCAGUGAGACAGUUCCAUGGGAAGACAUUUGCAUGUAUGGAAAGUGAAUUAAUGGGAUUUUCUUAUGGAUUACUGCUGUUGUAAAUAACAAUACAUUUGUUUAACUUUCAGGAAAUCCAUGCAAUAAACAUCUAGAUGAGAGUUAGAUGACCCUGCAGGGGUAGGUUCCCUAUGUACUUUUGUGGACCUUGCAGCCAACUGUGUAGAUUCAAAAAAAGUAUUUUGAAAUAAAAAGCUUCAAACCUUUUA